GAUAUUUUAGCUGUAUGCUAAAAUGCAUUAGCUUAGUCACACCAGGCAUGUCUCCUGCAAUUUCUGAGGGGAAUAUCUUGGUAUUCAUGGCAAAUAGCACACAAUAACAAGAACUGUAGCUUGUAAAACCUGUGAUACCAGGUGCAGACUUCUUAGAGGGGAGCAUCAAUGUAAUUAUUAUUUGGAAGAUAGUUGCUUUGGCUGGCAAACCUUUAUAUAUAUCUAAAUAUUUCUGUAAAAUGCACUGAAAAAAAUAAGAGUCAUUCCCAUUUUGCAUCUCGUUCCCAGCUCCUUGUGGUCAAAAUGAAACCAGAGAAGAUGGCAAAAUAAUCCAGCUACCUCCCUGCAAGACAGGAGCAUGGAUUGUUCCUGCCAUCAUGGCCUGUUACCUCUUGGUUGCAAACAUCCUUUUGGUGAACCUGCUUAUUGCUGUUUUCAACAAUACAUUUUUUGAAGUCAAGUCCAUAUCCAAUCAAGUGUGGAAGUUUCAAAGGUAUCAGCUAAUCAUGACAUUUCACGAAAGACCUGUUCUCCCACCACCUCUGAUCAUUUUCAGCCAUAUGACUAUGAUAUUCCAACACCUCUGCUGCAGAUGGCGGAAGCAUGAAAGUGACCCGGAUGAGAAAGACUAUGGAUUAAAACUUUUCAUAACUGAGGAUGAACUGAAAAAAGUCCAUGAUUUUGAAGAGCAGUGCAUAGAAGAAUAUUUUAGAGAAAAGGAUGACAGAUUCAAUUCUUCCAAUGAUGAAAGAAUCCGUGUCACUUCAGAAAGGGUAGAGAACAUGGCCAUGCGACUGGAAGAAGUUAAUGAGCGAGAGCACUGCAUGAAGGCAUCUCUGCAGACUGUUGACAUUAGGCUUGCUCAGCUGGAAGAUAUGAUGGGACGAAUGGUGAUCGCCCUAGAAAAACUGACUGGCAUAGAAAGAGGUGAGACAACCAAGAUACGAUCCAGGACCUCAUCCGACUGUACUGAUGCAGCCUACAUUGUGAGGCAGAGUAGCUUCAAUAGCCAGGAAGGAAAUACUUACAAGCUUCAAGAAAGCAUAGAUCCCACUGGAGAGGAAUCCAUGUCCCCAACAUCUCCUACGAUCACACCCCGCAUGCGAAGCCACUCUUUCUAUGCAACAAACAUGAAGGACAAGUGUGGGCUGGAAAAGUUUGAAAGCAUUUUUAAGGAAAGGUCUCCAAGCCUGCAUCGAGCUAUCAGUUCCCACUCGAUAGCAAAAGAAGGAAAGAUUCCUUUAGCCCCUACCAGCACUUUGUCAAUUGCCCCAGACUCCAGAAGGCCUUCGUCUUGUAUUGACAUCUACGUUUCUGCCAUGGAUGAGAUGCAUUCUGACACGGAGCCUCUCGACAGCUCCAUAAAUAUUCUUGGUACCGGAGAUGCAGCUUUGCAGGCUCACAUAGCCUCUUCCAUUUUGGCUAACAGUGCGUACAUUAGCAGUACACCUGGUGAAAAAAUCUCUGGCAGGAGUCUUGAUUGUGAGGAAACCUCUGGAAUAGAAACAAGAGCAUUUUCUUCAGACUAUUCACAAAUUACAGAUUGUCAAAUCCCCUGGGAUUCAGACCCUCCAUUGUAUCAUGCUUUAGAGCGAUCUAAAAGCAGUCGUUAUCUGGCUACAACUCCAUUUAUUCUAGAAGAAACACCAAUUGUGAAAUCUCACAGUUUUAUGUUCUCUCCAUCUCGGAGCUGCUUCAGCAGCCUUGGUGUCCCAGUCAAGACUGCGGAGUACACAAGUAUUACGGACUGUAUUGACACAAGGUGUGUGAGUGCUCCCCAGGCCAUUGCAGAGAGGGCCAGUUUCCCGGGAAGUCUUGGAGGCAAAGUGGAGGACUUGGGAUGUUGCCACCCAGAGAGAGAAGCUGAACUAAGCCACCCGAGUUCUGAUCAUGAGGAUAUUGAGGCCAAAGACAAAAAGGGGAUCCCCUUAUCUCCUCAAGAUGGCAAUGCUACAAGAGCUCUGCCCAACAGCAUCCCAAUUCCUAAAAUAGAGCGGGCUAACAGCUACUCUGCAGAGGAGUCCAACAUGUUAUAUGCACAGCACACACGAAAGAGCUACUCUAUCAGUGACAAACUUGACAGACAGCGAAAUGCAACAGGCCCGCGAAACCCCUUCCAGAGGAGUAAGUCCUCAAGGCCAGAGAGCAGGGGGGACAACGUGUCCAUGAGGAGACUGUCCAGAAUGGGAGCUUUCCGCAGCUUUGAAAACAAGCACAGCUAGGCCUAGACAAAGCUCACCAGCAGUCCAAGGGUCACCUGCUCUCCAGUCCGUCUUUCUCAGCAGAACUUAAAAAAUCCCUCUUGUCACUCUUUGCCAACUCCAGUUGGCUUUAGGCACUGGUCAAGAGAGCACAUUGUUGGUCUCAGCAUUGCCCACUGAGUUACUGCAUCUUGACCCAGUUGACAUUUGCACUUAAGGAAGAAGGGAGGGAUUAAAGCUCUAUAAAGUUUUCAGUAAACAGCAGUUAUAACAAGCCCCUUUAUGAAGUCACAAGAAAUGAAUUAGUAGGUUCAGAAAUCUGCCUUUUAUUAGAAAGCAUCCUAAGGUCUUUGAUCAUUAUUAAAGUUUUCAGGAUGCAGGAAUUAACUGGCAAAAGACAUGUACAAGUUAGAUGUUCUAAACUUCAAUCACAGCUUCUUUUUCAUCUGUUUCACCAUUGUGAUGGCUGAUGAAAAGCAUAUAUUUCUGUAGUAAAUGGCAGCAAACAAACCUAAAGUCUCCCAAAUCCCAUGCAUCCCACACUUCUGGAGAUGAAGAAAAAUGAACAAGAUAACAACCAUAAUGUUCACUUGUCUCUUUUUGUAUCAACUUCUAGUGCCACAAAAAGUUUGUAUUUUCAAGAGCAGAAAGGGAAAUGAAAUGUCUUUUGUACUGCAACUUAAAUGGAGGGAAGAUUUAUGUUAAAAUAUCAGGUGAUAACCUGUAUAAAACAGGCAUUCUAGAUUCUAGUGCAGCUGAGCAAGCUCAGGAUGAAUGUAAUUAAGUGGAAUAGUAUAUUUUUAUUUUUUUAACCACAUUUGUCAUCAGUAUGUUGUCUCACUAAAUCAAAGGAUGUGAUGGAACAGUAAGAACAGGGUGAUCAGAGCACAGCACUGUAAUAUUGUCAGGUUCUCACUGCUCCAUUUCAUUAGGUAUACAACCUGGGGAGAUCUGUCCACAAGGCUGCUGCCAGGCUCUUCUUGCUGUUCUGUUUGAGCUGCCAAUUUUUCUCAUAAUUCACUUACAUUAUUCCUAAAAAUAUGCACCUUUUUUUUUUCAUGAUAACACAGCCAUUAUUGAACAUUUCAAAGUAUACAAGAUGUAUCAAACAGUCUCAGUCCAGAUUAAUGCAAUUAGACUGAAGUUGGUUAAGGGGGAAUGUUCUUGGCAGAGAACUGGAUAGCACUAAAAAGUGUAUAUGCUUUUAAGGUAAGUUAAAGGACCAAAGUGAAACUGUACAUGUCUGUAAACAGCAAAAGCCAUCUGUUGAGACUAGGAUUCCACCAUUCAGCAGCAUACUACAUAAUGUGCAUUUUAGUAGGCUAAAAUCUAUCUAGUUAUGGCUUUUGAUUGAAGAUAGUCAUAAUUCCAUUGACCCCAUACAUCUUCCAAGGGUCCAUAAUGUCAACCAGAAUUUCAAAUGUCUCAUUAGAAGAUACCACAGUGGUCACAGGUGGAAGAGUAUGCAGAAGACAGGAGAAGGGUGGAAAAGCAUAAACGGAAACUGGAAUUAAAAUUUCAUAUCCUUUGUAACAUCACAACUUCUAAGCUUGUAAAGAGCUGAAGCUAAUGCUAUUAAAAAUUAAAACAUCUCUACACAGAUCGACAUGUGUGUAGAACGAACUUCUUUUUGUUAUUAAAAAUGAACAUGUGAUUGGAGUACAUACUUCCCAUUAUUUAAAUGGAAAUUAUCUUCUAAAUCUCUAACGCAGCUUUGAAAAUGCAGGCUGAUAUUUUCUAACUGGGAGCUCACCCUUGGAGACUUUGAGCACCAUAUGAGAGCUAAGUCUGAAAGGCAACAAACCCAAACAUAAAAAUAAUUAUCAGCCUCAAGAAAAGAGGCAAAGAAGAUGAAAAUAUUUAGUUCCUGAGUCACUACAUUGGAAAGUUAAGGAAAUAAAGAAACGCAGCAUGGGGACUUUAAGCACAAUCUGUUUCAUACUUCCUGCACCACCGUGUUCCUUGCUUUCUUCUGUUUGAUCAGGCUUUCAAUGAGCUAAACUCCACCAAGACACCGUGUUUAUGCAAUUGCCUUGCCAUCCAUGUGCAGCAUUGCAGUCACAUGGCAACACUGAGAAAGGUCAGAAACCUUUCUGUGCAUUAUGAAGCAUGCUUGUGACAGGCUGAUUGUUGAAUAGCAAAAUGUCUUAGGGCAAAGGAACUUGUAUUUAACAAUCUGCUUCAAAUGUGCCAACUUUUGAUAGCAGCCUUCUCCUAAGGCUUCUCCAAAUAUGUCUAUCCUUGGUGAGUAGAGGGGGAUAUUCUCACUUUGUUUUCUUUGUUACUUUUACGAAUGUCUGCUGAAACUGUUCAUGGACUCUUCCACUGUCACCGUAAUACUGGCUGACUCUAGAGGAACUUCAGAUUCAGUAGAAAUUCCUCAGCAAUGCAUAGUGAAUUAGUUCAAGGUUUAGGGCUGUCCUCUGGAAUAGAUUUCAUUGCUUAGUUUGUCAGGGUAAAGGAAUUUGCCAAACCCAGAAGCUGUUCAGGAUGCAGCACUUUAUUGAUCUGGAGCACACAUUCCAGGUAAAAUGAAACAGGACACUUUAUUUACCUCUUAAAAUUUGCCAUUAUCUAUAAAAUGUAAAAUCAGAUGUUAAAAGUGUGAUUGCAAGAUGUCGGAACACUACUGCUUCUGAAUGUUUCCCAUUUAUUCUACAAUAUGGUGUCUAUAGAAUAUAUUAUGAUGGAUGUUAGAUUAUUUUAUCUUCACCUAGUUUUUACAAAUUGCAUUAAACUGCUCCUUUCUGAAUUUGUUGGUUAAACACCCUUUCCUUGCAAUGGGACCAGAUUUCCCACUCCCAACAUUACGACCAUUUAGUGAAAGUAGAAGUCUUACCAUCCAUCAUCAUGUAGCUAUAGCAUGUGCCAUAUGACAUAUUCUGUAUCAAAGGAUAGCUUAUGAAAUAUAUAUAUAUAAACACACAUAUAUACAUAACUCCCAUAUAUAAACCAGUAUAGUUGUGACAUGUGGUACUAUUAGUGAACGUUACAGGACAGUAUUCAUAUCACAUUAUGAGGUCUUGUUUGUAGAUCUGUAACAUUCAAUUAAAAUAGCACAUGUUGCAUCGCGCAUUAAGUUCCACUAUCCAAUUAUUAGCUUACAUAUGGAAUAUGCAUUUCUGGUCACAGUGCGUGUUUGGUUUGUUUCACACAUUUCUCUGUAUAGCUCCACUUAAAUGUCUGUGUGAGCUGAUAUAUAAACCUUUAAUGAGCCAAUUUGGGCUCUGACAGGUGAGUUGUGAUAGUGUGAAAGAUGAACUGGCAUGUUAUGCAAAAGAUUAUAAAUGAACUUUAAUAAUAUUUUGAAUCUCAAAUGAACUUAGCUCUUUGUUUACAUAUGUUGGUCAACUGAGGAAGCGUUGUACAAUAUUUUAUAAAUAUUUUCCUAUAGUAAUCUGUUCUGUUGUUUCCAGUUUAAGUGAUGCUAUUCUGCAGUUGGGGUAUACACUUGUCCUAGGUAUUGGAUUAUAGCACAUUAUUCUUUCACAAUAACAGUGUGAUAUGACUGAAGUAGUUUCUCUUCCUUACAGUCCAGUCUUCUUUUGUGUCAAUGAAAAUGCAUGCAUUGUUCCAUGAGUUUCUUUGGACUACUAUGAGACUUAACAUUUUGCUAUUGCCUGCCUGUAAAGAUGAAUCCAGUUAGGAAUGAAUUCAAGCUUUUGGAUGUUUACAUUAUUUCCAUUAUGUUUGAUCUUUAGCAAAGUAAGUGAUUUUUUUUUAUUCUUUUUAAAUUACAAUUGUAUUUUAUGAAAUUGAAAUACUCAACACAAAAUGCGAACCUACAGCAGUGCUCAGACAUUUGGCUCUCUUUUUUUGGAAGAGAUAAGGUGCUACAUUAUUGUUCUUAGCACAAGUGCCAGUUAACAAAUGGCAGUGAGGGGAUAAUUUGAAAAUAUUAUUAAAAACCAAAACGUCCAUUCGUCCACAUAAGGAAAUCCCUCUGGGUUCCAGACGUAGAUUCCUUUUUUUUUUUUUUUUCAUUUUCCAUUUAUAAAAUUUUGGUAAAAAAAAAAAAACAACAAACCUGAUUUGUACCUUUUGUGGAAUGGAUAGCCUUUUGUCAGGGGAUAAAUAUCUUAGGUGUAUUUUUUGUAUGAGAAGAAAAUGAUUCAUUUCUUAGGAACUGCCAGUGCAUGGAAAAUGCAAAUACACAAAUACCUGCUGAAAAGAAGUGCUGGUAGCAGCACACAGCCUUAGUUCAAUGACUGCAGUUGGAGCAACCAAGUAUCUGUCCUGAGAGGAAAAGUUGUCAAAAGUAUUAGCUUAGAGGGAGACAGUGAAACAAAAUUCACUGUAAACACAUGGUACAAAUUUUCAAAACAAGCAUAAAUGUUUUGUAAUGUUGCUCAGGUUAGAUACUUAAGAGGAUCUGAUAAUCACCAGAAGGGAAGAUGUGAGCUGGUCAUUCCUGGAUUUCCCUAGGAAUACUCAAGUAGUUGUGAUGUAUCUCACUUGCUUACAAAAUUACCGUAUAUUUGCAUUUUUGCACAAAUAUGCACAACUGUUUCAACGAAGGCCACGUUUUCAGUUCUGUUAAAAGAUACCAAGUAUAGAUUUCCUUCUUCAAAAGAAAUGGGAAAGCUUCCUAGCAUGAAUUUUCCCUCGUCCACCUCAAACAACAGCAUGAUUCAAACUGGAUAGAAAUAAAUAAAAGUGUUGGGGGUGUCUGCUUACCUAACAAAAACAUUCAUUCCUCUAGGUGUUAUUCACUGGCCUUGCCACACGUUGUCAUAAAAGCAUGAAAGCAUAAUGUUGAAUGUGAAGGGAUGGAGUUUCUGCACCCCAGUAAAGUUAUCGUGCUUUAUGGGCAAUCACAGGUUGAACACUAAAGAUCACACAGGCUUCUCUUCUGAGAUCAACUACAAUUAUGAUUUUAGUGAUGCUGGUGUGAAUCUGCAGAAAAUCCACUGCAGAUUUCAAUAGAGUACUCUAAAUUUUGUCAGAGGAUGGGUUUAUUCUGUGUUUCUAACUCUAUAUUGAGUCAUGACACAGAUUAUCCUAAGUCAUCAUCAAGUAGGAUGCCUAAUAACUGAGCCAUUGAGCCAGACCAGUUAUGAAACAGUGUCUGAUCUUUUAAUGUUUGCUGUAUGCUUUCAGAUCUCUUGUAGAGCCACACAGUACUUAUUUCAAAAAGCUAUUAGGAAAAUAUGUUUGAUUAUGAAAUUGCUGCUGUUUCUGCUGCAGGGAAGUGAUAACUCUUGUUUAUUUUAGUAUUUGGUAGGAAGAGAAAGGGACAGAAGUGAGAAUUGGCUGUGAAAUGAAAUUUAAGCCUGCAGAAGAGUAAAUUAUGUUAAAGUUGUAUCUUUUUUCCACCACUGCAGUUGUUGUACAUGAGGAGAGUCUAUAUGCUGCUGCUGCUGUCUGGAACAGUGUUUGGAAUAUACUAUACUAAUAGCUAUUUAAUCAUUUAUUAUUUGGGCUAUCAUUUGUAAGUGUAUAACAAUCAUUUAUAAAGGGAGAAAAAUUAUUAAAAUGUCAUUUUAAACAAAUUCCUACUAAUAUAAAGCUUUUCAAGUAUGAUUUCUCUAAAUGUAUAUCACUAGGGAAAAUGGUUGUUUCCAAAGGUCUACUGGAUUCACAAUGCACUUUUAGACUGUGUUUAGAUACGUAAUUAAAAGCAGAAGUUGGCAAUUACUGCAGCAGAACUUUCUGAAAUUUCUGUAACAAUUGUUUUGCAAUAAAAAAAAAGAGAUGUAGUUCAAAA